AGAGCGGAAGUCAAAAUGGCGCCCAGCACCGAGAGAGCGCUUUAGCGGUCCACACCGGGAUUCUCAUUAAACAUCUCAUCAGAACAACAGAGAUGAAGGUGAAGAUAAAGCAGUGGCACGGUGUGGCCUCAUGGCUCUGGGUGGCCAAUGAUGAAAACUGUGGCAUCUGCAGAGCUCCGUUUAACGGCUGCUGUCCGGACUGUAAAGUCCCCGGAGACGACUGCCCGCUGGUCUGGGGUCAGUGCUCCCACUGCUUCCACAUGCACUGCAUCCUGAAGUGGCUGAACUCGCAGCAGGUGCAGCAGCAGUGCCCCAUGUGCCGGCAGGAGUGGAAGUUUAAAGAGGGAGAGACAACAUGAUGUGAUGGAAAUAAACGCUGACGAUCUCAACUCGGUUCUGUUUCGUUCUUACACUGCUCCACUUCUACACCAUUUUAGCUAACAGACUCUGAGCCAUCAGUGCCGUCCACUGCCAUGCAAGUUCCAGAGGCUAACAUUUCCAGAUGUUCUGGCUCGUUGUUGUGUCUGUUAUUAAUCUGAGCAUCAGACGUGCUUGGUUCAAAGACUUUUAAUAUUAUAUAAUUAAAAUCACAAACAUUGCAUUGUAAAGCCCCACCGAGAAAUACAAGGGGAAAUGAGUUUUAAAUAAAAAGUGUCAAAUAUUC